CACCCGGGCCCUGCGGCCCAGCGGACAAGUCAAGCUGCGACAGUCGAGCGGAGAGGACCUGUGCGGGUGCAGUCGAGCAGAGGAGAGCCCCUCCACCAUCCAUACACCGAGAGCAGCCCGUGAUCGAGCACCUGUCAUCAACACAAUGGCCAGGAACAACGUGAUAAUGGUCUCCACCGCACUGUUGGCCGCCCUUCUCCUCGGCACCCUGCCGCUUGGUCGCGCCCAGCCCACGAGCCAGGACGACGCCGACGCGGCCGCGGUCGCGACGGAGCCGCGGACCCCAACCGACGUGAUGCUGGGCGACGAGGCGGUCGCGGACGACGAGGACAUGCGCGGCCGCAUGGCGUUCCUCAUCCUGAGCCUGUGGGACCGCGAGCUCCAGGGCCUGGACGGCGUCGACACCCUGGCCGAGGGGCACGCCAGGAAGAGGAGGGAGACGGUGUUCAGGCCGUUGUGGGUCAGCAAGGACCGGCACGCCCACCGACAGCGUCUGCGGCAGCGCUACUGGGCCGAACUUAGGAGGGCCCAGCGAUUCGGCCGCGACGCCGAGGCCGCGGAGGCGCGUCGUCACCACCACCAGGACGCCGCCGGCAGGCCGCUGUUCCACUUGCGCGCUGCGCAGGCCGAGAGAGCGCUGUCGAGGGCGCGCCGCGCCGCCGCCCCACUGUCCGAGGCCGAGCUCAUGGACGCCGCCGUCGACGGCGAGCUGCAGAGGCUGUCCAGGGUGCGGCGCCAGUGGGCCUUCAGGCCGCUCUUCGUGGGGAAGGAGUCGCAGGCCCGCUACCGCCGCCCGCGCCGAGAUGUCGAUGACGACGACGUGGAGGAGGUGGUGACCGCCGCCGACACCAUGGAGGCCGCACCCAGCCGGCGGCGCCGCGAGUUCGUCGACGUGCCGCUGUUCGCCGUGAAGCAGAUCGAGGCCGAGCGGCAUCGCGAGGAGGAGGAGAUCACGCACCCGCACUACCGCGCCGAGCAGCGUCAGCGCCUGGACCAGGCCGAGGAGGCCGCCCGGGAGUACCGCAACUACUACAGAGGCAACUACCGAGACUACUAUCGCUACUACGGCUAGGCUAGACGAGGCUCGCCCCAGCCGCCCAGCCCUGCGGUACCUGUACUUGCCAUCCUCUGCCGAGUGAAAUGAGGAAAUCUACCGGACCAUAUUUAUUUCUCUGGUGAUUUAAUUAAGUAACUUUUAAGGGGGGACCCCGCAAAACUGUCGAGAUAGUGCCGGACGGACUUCGUUGUCCACCCCGUAAGGUGUUCCUUCUUAUACUUAUUUAUUUUAAGUGAUUCCCGGGAUGAUUCCUCAGUAAAACCACUGUUAUAUUAGUUAUUUAUUGAGUCCUUUGCUAACGUCUUUAUUUUCUGAGGAUAUUUUUUUUCUGAUAGGUUACUUUGUAAUUUUAUUUAUUUAUUUAUGUUCUUCUCUCACUGCUGUACUGCAUUUAGUCUUGUAUCUAGUUGACCUGCUAUAAGCCUGCAGAUUAUAUUGUGAUAUUGUCUUGAUUACUUUUCUUUUUUAUUAUUUUUUUUUUUUUGCUUUAUGAUCAGUUUGUGCUGAGCGACCAACUUGAGGUUUUAUUCUUAAUUGUGAUUCUUAAGUAUUGAUUUGUUUGUGGGCGCCCGCGUGUGUUGACGGCGCCUCUCUUGUUUAUUGAAGAGAAGUGCGGUCAAUCCGCCCCGAGUGCGCGGUUAAGAAUAUGUUUGUUCAUACUUUAUUUUAAGAGAGACAAAAGAACUGAAAUCGCAAUAAAUACAAAGAUAAUAUUUUCCCAA